AUGUCAAUGCAAAAUGAAUCUAAAAGGAGAUCACCGAGCAUUAUAGCGAGAUUGAUGGGUCUUGAUGGGAUGCCCCCUCAGAGUUGUACUCACAGUCACAGAGAACCCAAAUCUGUGGAGAAUCAAAAAUGGAGGCCGAUAGCAUCUGCGAAAGCUCGUGGGAAAAAAACAUAUAAUGGUCAUGAAUCUCUAAGGAGGGGAGGCUCAAUGGAUGAGCAGAGAUUCAAAGAUGUCUUUGAAGUUUCGGAUGCAGAGAAGGAGAAGAUUAGUAUGAGUUUGUAUCAAAGGAAGGUGAAUGCUAAUCUAACUGAGGCAGAGAUGGCGUUUAUAAGGCAGAAGUUCAUGGAGGCUAAGCGUCUAUCGACUGAUGAGAAACUCCGCUACUCUAAGGAGUUCAAUGAGACUCUUGAGGCUCUAGACUCCAACAAGGACCUCUUAUUGAAGUUUCUUCAUCACCCAGAUUCAUUAUUCACAAAACAUUUGCCUGAGCCUGAUAGUCAAAGCUUAGAGUACAGAGAGUUGUUAGGGAAGAGUCACAGAUCACCUCAAUGGCAUGGUGGUGUUGCUAAUUCCAGCCAUUCUAAUACUAGGUGUGUUUCGUGCGACGAUACAGUUCACCUAUCAAAGAAGCAGCUGAACAAAAGAAGUGGUUUGAAACCGACCGAGAUUGUUGUUCUGAAACCUAAUCUUGGGAAGCCACCGAGAACUGAUAGAACUCUUCCAUCACAGAGCUCUUCUUGUGAUGAUGUCAGGGCAGAUCACAGGCUUUUGAAAGCUAAUGAAGAUGUUAGUCUUGUAAGACAAAAGUCAAGAGAUUCAAGAGCAAUUGCCAGAAUAGUAUCUAGACAAAUGAAGGCAAAUGAUAGUUCCAUAAACUUUGAAAUUUCAAGGUUUAGAGGUUAUGCAGGGGAUGAAAGCUCAUCUUGGAGUGAUUCUCCAAGUGAAUCAAAGUUAAUGUCAAUGAUUUCAAGAGCAAGAACUGACUUUAACCGCAAGAACCACCAUCGAUCUCUGCCUUCCUGGUCAUCGGAAUCAUCUGUGAGUAAGGAGACCAUGAGGAGACUGUCAGAGAGGUGGAAACUGGCUCACCAGUCUGAGCAAGAGAUAGAAAGUAGUAGACGCAACACAUUGGCUGAAAUGCUUGCAACUUCAGAUAGAGAUGCGAGACCGGUGAGUUUUAGUGGGAUCAGUAAAAGAUUUGAGAGCAAUGUUGUGGAGCCUGAGUUGCCAGAUGCCAUUGGAAUUAGCAGUAGAGAUGGUUGGAAAGGUACUGGUAAAAGAAAUCUUUCAAAACCCGGAACAAGCAUGCCUCAGGACAGAACUUGUGGUUACACCAUUGUGAUCCCUAAGAAGCUGACCAUGCGAGAUGGAUCAGUGAAGGAGAGUUCUUUUCACCACAUGGAAUAUCUCUUAUCUAACAAUUCAUUGCCUAUUAAUCGUCAUUUUUCAUACAAUAGUUCGUCAGAGAUCAACAGACCGAGUUCAAGCAAAAUUCUUUGUAUGGAUGAUGAGUUAUCCAAAGAGAAGCAUCCUGAUUUAAAACCACGGAGCAGCGUAUCAGUUCAUGCAGAUUCAGACAAUGAAAAUGGUUCAGACUCUGAGGAUGCCAAGACUACCCUGUCCUUGGAACGACCUGGUUUAUCAGCAUUUGCCUCAUUAACUAGCCUUGAUAUCUCGGGCAGGCCAACCGAAGAACUCGAUCAUUCUUCUAUCCCCCAAGUACAGCCUGAGGAAAGUGACGAGGAAGGAGACCAACCAAGUCCAGUUUCAAUCCUACAAACUUCUUUUCAUGAUGAGUUUUCAUCCAGUUCCAACUGCUUUGAGAGUCUUAGCGCGGAUCUCCAAGGGCUCAGAAUGCAACUUCAGCUACUCAAAAGUGAGUCAACUACUACUUAUAACGAGGAAGCGAUGCUCGUUUCAAGCGAUGAAGAUGCAGAUCAAGAGGAAUCAUCCAUAGUAACAGAUGAGACGUUGAUCACCCAAGAGCCAAGAAAAGACUGGAAGUCACUAUACUUAGCUGAUGUCUUAGCAAACUCCAGGUUCAGUGACUUGAAUCCGAAAAGCUUUAUGACGACAUGGCACUCUUCUGAAUCACCUGUUGAUCCAUCCUUGUUUAAGGAUCUUGAGAAGAAGUAUUCCGGUCUGAAAAUGUCAACUCGGUUAGAAAGGAAGUUUCUUUUUGAUAGGAUCAACAGUGGCAUUCUCGAGUUCUUCGAGCAGUUCACGGAUCUGAAACCCACAAAGGUCUACCCAAAAUGGGAUAUAAACUUGGUACAAGAGACUCUGCGCGAGCUCGUCAGUAUAAAAUACAUGAAACCAAGUAGAGAUACAAAGGAGGAGUUGCAGCAGCCGAACUUGGAAGAUGACAUUGAAGUGAUAGGUAAGGAGAUUGAAGAAAUGUUAACAGAUGAACUCAUAGUAGAGCUAGUGAUAGGAGAAUUCUCGUAG